AUGGAGAGGACUUCGUGCCUGCCAGCCUCAAAACCAAGCUCGAGAACCUCCUCGCCAGCCUCGCGGAAAUCAGAAUUCAUGUUGCCCUUACCCGUUCAAUCGUCACCGAGGUUUCCCAUGCGGGCCCUUCUCAGCCACUGCCUGUACCGACGCGUUAUGAUAUGGGCUGUCACCGUCACAGUACUCUUGUGCCUGGUGCUAUUCUCAAGUGGUGUGCAGACCCGACAUGGGAGGAUUUUGGACCUGGUAGACUUCAGGAAAGGCAGCCACUCCGAGACCCCAAAGACCGGCCUGGGCACAGGCGCUGCCACCAUCGAGCAGCAACUGACCAUCGGCAAGCCCAAAGAGGGGGCCAAGAAAGAGGACACUAAGGAGGAUGACAGCAAGAAGGACGACAGCAAUGGCCGGGACCCUCUUCACUGGCUCGAGUACAAGCACAUGGACGGUUACUUCAAUGGCAUCAAGAGCUUGGUGCCCCUCAAGGACUACGUUCCCGAGUUUCCAGCAAAGGCGGACACACCACCUGUCAUCACCGUCUCCCUCAGCACUGCCCUGCCAACACCCACCCUCUUCGCACCACAGCCCGACUACCAGUCAUCCGAGUACAAAGAAAAUCACCACCCCGUGCAGACCUGCUUCCUUGACGAGGAGCAGGAAAUCCCACCGCCAGACCUGUAUGUCUAUGACGGGCUCCCACAGGGCGUCGCGAGGCCAGCACUGGGGUCGUACGAGCUUCUCGGGAUCCGGGAUGAUAUCUGCUACGAUCGAUUUGGACGGUACGGCCCCUACGGCCUGGGAUACAGCCUCAAGGAAGGCGGUGUCGGAGAGGGGAUGGAUACCGAGAGCGAAGGAAGCGAGCACGUGUGGAACAAGACUGGCAAGAUCGACUACCACAACAUGAACUGGGGAAAGCUUCAGAAGCGCUGUGUCGAGAAGAACCGCGCGAGAUUCGUCGAACCCGAAGAUAGAGAAGGGGAAAGCACCGAAGGCGGGAAAGAUGCACAGUCACGUCUCGGCAGCGAUUCAAAGAAAAAGAUCGGCCGUAUCGCGAUUGUCAUUCGGACUUAUGUCGGCUUCCAGUGGACACACUUGGCCAUCCUCAACUUCCGAGCCAUGAUCUCCGAGUUGUCCCUGCGGUCUGGCGGAGAAUACGACGUGCACUUCCUCCUUCACGUCAAAGACAAGGACCAACCAAUCUGGGCGGACGCGGAAACCGUCCAGAAGAUACUCGACUCCAACAUGCCGCCCGAGUUUCACUCCAUCACUUCCCUGUGGUCUGAGCCGCAGAUGAAGUUGCUGUAUCCUGGCCGCUUUGGAGAUGCGUUUGAGAACCCAUCGAACGGAGACAUCCACGGCGUCUAUCGUUCCGCCCACAUGCCACUGCAGCAUUUUGCAAUGAUGCAUCCUGAAUAUGAACACUUUUGGAACUGGGAAAUGGAUAUGCGCUAUGUUGGGAACUACUAUGAACUGUUUGACAGGCUUGGGUCCUGGGCCAAGAAGCAAAGCCGUGUCGAGCUGUGGGAGCGCUCACAAAAGUACUACAUCCCCGGGUACCACGGCAGCUGGGAAAACUUCACAGAGGUUGUCCACCAGGAGACCGAAGCCUCCGGUCGUCAAACAGUCCUUGGGCCUGUCAUCUUCCCCGGUCGCCAGUCUCUGCGCUCCCAAGAGCGUGGGUUCAGUUUCAUGCCUGAUACAUGUGCUAAAGGAGGCAACAUCACCGAGUGCGGGAUAGGCGAGGAGGCGGACUUGAUCACCCUGAACCCCAUCUUUGAUACAGAUGAGUCAGGCUGGGUAUUUGCGAAAGACGUGUCUGGUUACGACCGCAGUAUGCCUGUUCCACCUCGUCGCUGUGCCAUUGUCACGGCCUCCCGGCUGUCCAGGCGCCUUCUUCAGGUCAUGCAUGAGGAGACAUGGCGUCUGCACCACAGCAUGUUCUCCGAGAUGUUCCCUGCCUCAAUGGCACUGCACCACGGAAUGAAAGCUGUGUAUGCACCACAUCCUGUUCUCAUUGAUAGAAAGUGGGACAUUGAGAGAGUGGACUGGGCUUUCAAUGGUGGUAGAGACCACAGCACAAGUGGCCGUGGUUCCCCAUACGAUCUCGAUAACGAACACAACCACGCAGGCACUAGUUGGUACUACAACAGCGAGUUUGCGGGCCUUUUGUGGCGUCGCUGGCUGGGCUAUGCCCAGUAUGACGGACGUGGCGAGAACGGUGGGCGAGCUGGAGAGGGCACUUUGCGUGGAGGAAAGGCAGAGGAGAGCCGCCCAGACAGCACAGGCCGACUUUGCCUCAGGAGCAUGCUUGUGCACCCUAUCAAAUGGGAAAACCCAUCUGAGAAAAACUAG